AUGUAUUCUACGUACGCUCCGAUCCUCGGCCAUUCUCGAUCGCCGAUCCUCGGCCGCCACCCCGAUCAAUCAUAUAGACUAUUCCGUUACACUCCACAGAUUCCACAUACGCUCAGAUCCUCGGCCAUUCUCGAUUGCAGAUCCUCGGCCAUUCUCGAUUGCCGAUCCUCGGCCGCUACGAACGUGUAUAUGUUCUUCCGCCCCGAAGCUCCACCGCACACUGAGUCCCCAGAUAGUCCCCAGAUAGAAGCUUGCUCGCCAGUCACCCUGGCCCUGCAACAAGAUCUUACAAAGAGAAGGAACACUCCUCUUACAACAUUCAUCCCUGACUUCAACACCAAGAUCCUAGAAGCAGGUGAUCAAUCUUGGAAGGAUAGAAUGAAGAUUAGCAUGCUCAAGAAGACAUUGACUUUUGAACUCUUACAGGCCCUUGUAAGUGCAGAUGAAGACCCAACUUAUGAAGGCUUCUGCACACAGCUCCGGACAAUGAAUGACCAUCUUACCAAGCUCAAGAAUAUACAGAACAGUGGCAGAAGACAUUACACCCCAGCGACUUAUACACCUGCACCAAUGAAUAACCCAGUCACUUAUACACCUGCACUGACAGAUAACCCAGCCACUCAUACACCCACACCGAAGAACAACCAUGAUGCAGAUAUCAUGAACUGGAUAGAUUCAAAUGCCUAUGCACAAGCAAGAGUUUCUGCCAUUUGA